AUGGGUCGUAUGCAUAGCAGCGGUAAGGGUAUCUCCUCUUCCGCUUUGCCCUACAAGAGGACACCUCCGAGUUGGCUUAAGAUCUCUUCGCAAGAUGUGGAAGAAAACAUCUGCAAAUUCGCGAAGAAGGGAUUGACCCCAUCUCAAAUUGGUGUCAUUCUUCGAGAUUCUCACGGUAUUGCUCAGGUGAAGAGCGUUACUGGCAGCAAAAUCCUUCGGAUCCUUAAAGCUCACGGGCUGGCGCCUGAAAUUCCAGAGGAUCUAUACCAUUUGAUUAAGAAGGCAGUUUCAAUUAGGAAACAUUUGGAGAGAAACAGAAAGGACAAGGACUCCAAGUUUAGGUUGAUUCUUGUGGAGAGCAGAAUCCACCGACUGGCUCGCUACUACAAGAAGACUAAGAAGCUCCCACCUGUUUGGAAGUAUGAAUCAUCAACUGCUAGCACUCUGGUUGCUUAG